GAUAUAUAGUUGGGGGCAACACCAACACCAAAAUCUACUCCUAAAAAAUCACAACUAACUCAAAUUCUAAUUCCUCAUUGCCUACCUAUGAACUUUGCAAAUCGCAAUGGACUACCAAUCCAUUAAUGCAGGGCCUGAGAAGAAAGUAAACUGGUUGGAUCUUCCGCACGACCUGACUUUGAUGAUCAUCGGAAAACUUACGACAUUUGAGAUCUUAAUCAGUACUCAGUUCGUGUGUCCCAAAUGGCGACGCAUCUGCAUGGAUCCGCUCUUGUGGCGCACCAUCAAUAUGUGCGACAUUGGGAUUCGCAAUUCGGUGGACUAUAAAUUGGAGAAGAUGUGCCGUCAUGCAAUUGAUCGUAGUUGUGGCCACUUGAUAGACAUAAGUAUUGAGUAUUUUGGUACCGAUGAUCUCCUCAAAUAUAUAAUUGACUCGGGAUGUCAUAAAUUGCGACACUUGCGACUUGUUCAAUGCUUCUAUGGAAUUUCAGACAAAGGAUUAUGUGAGAUUGCUGAAAAGCUUCCAUUGUUGGAGGAACUUGAUAUUACUCUUUGUUCCGGUGUUUCUAGUAUUGCUUUAGAAGCAAUUGGCCGAGGUUGUCCUCUUCUAAAAUCAUUCAAGUAUAAUAACAAUGGUGGCGAUAACGAAGAAGCAUUGGCUAUUGCACAAAAUAUGUCCAACUUACACCAUCUCCAACUUGUUAGAAACUACCUCGACAAUAGUGGCUUGAGCGCCAUUCUUGAUGGUUGCCCUCAUCUUGAAUCUCUUGAUUUACGCUUGUGUCACGAUGUCGAGUUGGAGGGGGAAUUGAGGACAAGAUGUGAUGAACAAUUAAAAGAUUUGAGGGAUCCGAAUGCACCUCUUGAUGACUUUAAAUUUUGUGGACUAUGCUUUGAAAUUGCAUACGAUGAUGCAGUAUUUGACUAUCUAAACGAGAAGCGGGUUCAAGAACGAGAAUACUCUGAGAUCGCAUCUGAUGAUACAAUAUAUGAGUAUCAAAAAAGAGAAGCUGAGAGAGUUGAGAAAGAAAAUUUGGAUGAAGCAGAUUGGGAGGAGAUAUAUGCUAUAUGGGAAAGUAUCAAAAAUCCAAGAUUAUGGUAUAAAAGAUUAAUUCGAGGAUCAAAUAGGGGAAAGAAGAAUAAUGCAAAAUCCAAAAAGAAGAAGAAACGUGGAAGAAAAGAAUACAAAAUUAAUAACCAAAAAAGAAUAUAUUAUGAAAUGGAAGAUGCACAUGAACUAUUGCAGUCUAGUGUUUUCUGUUUUUAAACUUUAAUUUUCUAUAUAGGUAAUGUUUAUUUUAUUGGUUUGAUUUCAUCUCUCAUGGAAAAUAAAGCAAUAUUUGAAGUUCUUGGAUAAUAUAA